UAUAUAUCAUGCCUUUCGAAAAAAAAAUAAAAAAAUUCCAAAUUGUACAUAGACAAAUUUCGAAGGGAAAAAAAAAAAAUGCCACAAAGAGGAACAAUUUCCAUUACAAAAACCCCUCAGAAUUUCCAUUUCAAGAAUCUCAGCAAUUUUCCCAAUUGAAAAAACCCUAAAUCAAGAACAUACAUAUAUAUACAUACGGAAAUGAUCAAUGGUUAUGAUGACGAUGCAUCAGCAUCAGCAUCAGCAUCAGCAUCACCAUCACUCCAAUGCACCCUCAACUCUUAGAUCCCCUAACACUUGUACUCCAAAUACCCAUCAAUUUCCUUCCAUCGGGUCACCUGGUUUGGAACUCGGGUCACUACCAUUAGCCCGAAUUAAGCUAUCGGAUAUCGCCCCCUACGAUGGAGCUCCGGUUGGGAAUUAUUUACGGGCCGUGGAAGCGCUUUCGGGUUCGCUUAUGCGGUAUAAUGCCGCGGUGAUUGAGAUGAGUGGUGAAGGUACGGCGGUGGUAAAGUGUGGGUUGGAGUCUGUUAGGUAUUUUUUUAAGACGAGGGGUGUUGCUCAGAAUGGUGGAACUGGAAAGAGUGGUCGUGGGGUUUAUAUAUAUAGAGCUGGAAGGCCUUUGGAAGACAUGGACUCUUCGCCCCCAUGCAUGACUGAAGUUUUCCGCUGCAUGGGAAGGGCAGCUCGUGCUGCUUUAUGUGUAAUUGCAAGGCAUCUUCGAUUGCGAAGCGAUGUUUUUGAUCACUUGCUUGAUGAUAAUCCAUUGCCUGUUAAUGAGGCCUCUUCAUCCGUUGUUGUUGCAACCUUCUCCAAUACCACCUCUCAAAAUGGGAAAGGAGCUAUUGGAGGAGGGAAGCUAGUUACAAAUCGUGAAGUAGAGAAGGGGCUGUUGACACUAGUUUCAUCUGAUGCUCCUGGUCUUCAGGUUUGUGAUCCCAAUGGUCGUUGGUAUCUAGCAGAUAGUGGCUUGACCCCUGGGGAUUUACUAUUGCUUACUGGGAAAGCUCUCAGCCAUGCUACUGCUGGUCUUCGUCCUGCAGCCGUAUACAGAGGCACAGCUGAUCACUGUGUGGGCACUAUUUGUGGUGGAAGGACAUCACUUGCAUUUAGACUUAUACCUCAGAGCAAUGCAAUACUGGAUUGUUCUCCGAUUACAGCUGCUGGUCAUGUUAUUCCUCAGAGCUACGUGCCAAUAUCUGUUAGCCAGUUUAUGGAUGAUCUUUCCGCUGAGGAAGACAUGCUUUGUUGCAAUACUGAUAAUGCUUCUGUUGCUCGAGAAAAUCUAAAUAAGGAACCAUCACUCAGAAGUGUUCUUUCAGAUCCCUUAUCUGGCUCAUUCCUUGAAGAUGCUAUGUUUGUUUCAUGUGGACAUUCCUUUGGUGGUCUAUUGCUGAAAAGGGUUAUUGAUAUGGCAAGAUGUACCUUCUGCAAUGCUGAAAUUGAGCGUGGUUCCUUAAUUCCUAACCACGUACUGAGAGCUGCAGCCGCAGCAGUGAAGCAUGAGGAUGACCGAAGACUUUUCCACAAUGCUGCUCUUAGAAAGCGUCGAAAAGAAGUGGGAGACAAUAGGGAAAAUGGCGAGGUUCCUUCCGAAAAUGGACCCAAUAAAGGUGUUCAGUAUCCAUUCUCAGUGAAUGAGAAAGUUCUUAUAAGGGGAAAUAGGAGGACACCAGAUAAAUUUGUUGGAAAGGAAGCUGUAAUCACAUCACAGUGUCUUAAUGGAUGGUAUUUGCUUAAGAUUUUGGACAGUGGAGAGAAUGUUCGGUUGCAGUACCGCUCUCUGCGUAAAAUCCUUCCUCCACAGGAGACAGAGGAGAGAUGCCAGUCACAGACAGUUCAGAACAGUAGCUAAUUUACAACCAAUUUCCAUGUGGAUUAUGUUGUGUAGAACCUAUACCCUCUAUACUGCUCAACUUUGAAGCUGCAACUUUUUUUCCAUGUAACACCUAAUGUUCCACACGUUUUUUUUUUUUUUUUUUGGGGGGGGGGGGUUAAAAUCCUUGAUAGUUGCUUGUAUAAGAUUGUAAAGAAACACCACUCCCUGGAUAGAGAAAUUUGAGAUUGAAUAAGAAGCUCAUUUUUCGUGAAAA